AUGUGGCUCUUGUUCUUGCUGCUGGGUGCCGCCAUGCGGCGAGCCACAGCCCUGUGCAACUUCCCAUCGACCUCAUCAUCGACUACCAAGUCAUGGAGCUCACAACGAUCAGAGACUGGUACAUCCGAGUCGUCUGAAUUUGCCGACUUUCUCCUCGCGACGCUUGGCAAAGGGGCGACAUCGGUGUCUGGUUUGCAAACCGCAGCUAUGGCCAUGGUGAGGGAGUCUGGAGGUCAUUGUUCCCAGCUGACUAAGAAACUGGCCCGGAUUGGUGGUGCUGGUGCUUUUCCUCAGAAUGCAGAACGAGACCUUUUCAGGAUCCUAGAGCUCCCUAUAGAACCGGUCUUCAUCACUGUACCCAUCAGAGAUAGAUCUCGUCCUGGGCGUCGAUGCACCACAACUCUUCGUGUCCGGCUCACUUUGCUACAGUAG